AUGUUCAUACGGCUGCUGCUCUUGAUGUUUGGUGCCAUCCUAGUGCUAUUUUUGGCUGCUGCCGUUAGGGAUUGAAUUAUUAAAUCCGAUGAAAUAUUUUCCGGAAUAUUAUCAAAAUUUUGUGUAGUUGUUGUUAGUUGGAUUGCCUGCAGGCCUUGCUUGUUUCAUUCCAAACCUCAUUUGACAACAAAAUAAAACAUCAAUAAUAAAUGUUAAGAGAACGUGUUUGCAUGAGUGUUUACAUUUUUAAACGGUCUGCGGGUACUCAUUUGAACUCGUAUUGUACCUUUUUUCCGGGAAAGUUAAAAUUUUGUGACAUUGGAACGCCAGUUGGAAAUGCUGGCAACAGGCGACAUGCUCUUAAUUAUUCUGAAAUGAACAGGAUUGCCAAUUAAUGAGACCCUCAAAAAUUCAGUAAUACAAAUACGCACCAUGCACAUACGCAAUCUAAAUCCUCAAAACCAGACACUGGAUUAAGGACAACGCAGUGGUAGUGGUUGAUCCCAAGUUUCUAUCAUUUUGUCCCCAAACACAUGCCCCCAAAUUUGUGUCUUUAAAAUAAUAUUCCUAAUAUGCCUCCAAAUGCAAAAAUUGGUGUGAUUUUAGGGUGGUAAUCACACAAAAUUUCGCAGUGGUGAUUACGUAAUAAGUCAACAUUUGUCAAUUAGUCACAAACUUGGAAAUUUUACUUAACCUAAUCAACACUGCGAAUUUCAAAAUUUUUCAGUCCGAGGUGAAAUAUAGCUCCCACUGUAAUUUUUGUAUAUUUGGGCAUGUUGGAAAUAUUUUGGGGGACAGCUUCUGCACGCCUAUUUGGGGGCAUGUCGUUGGGGGCAAGGUUGUAGAAAUUUGUGGGCAUAUUUCUUAACAAUUAUCCCUGGAUUAGUUUUCGAAAAAAACUUGUUUUAAUUCUCAUGCAAGAAUUUUUCCAAAUAUUUAAAUAAAGCGGUAAUCACACUCAAUUAUUUAUUUAAGCGUUCUGAGGGCCUUUUUUUGUAAAACCCGCCGAAUUUGGGUAUUCUGUGUCUAAUCCAAUUCUUCCCCAUCUCAUUAUAAUUCCUUCCUUUUCUAAUGACAUCACUAUAGUCCUAUUUCAACAAAGGGCGGCGGCUAUGUUUAGUUUACCCUUUAUUUAUUUGUUUGCACGAAAUAUCCAAAGAUUUAAAAGUGUAAAUAUUAGGGUGGUCCAAAAGUCUUUUCGUUUUUUCAGGUGUCUUUUUGUCCAAUUGUUUUUGUACAAAAUAAAGACUUUUAGAUGAAUGUAUUAUAUAUAUUUUUAAAGGUCUUGAGCUGCUUUAUCAUAAUAUAUAUUAAAGGACCACAAAAGGUAUUUUUUGAACCGAAAUUUGCUCGGCUAAAAAAUUGACUAUCAGGGAUUUUCGCGUCGAGAAAAUUCCGAAGAACAAAUGUUCUCGAUUUUUUUCGGAUAAGGAGAUUUCCGGAGUUUUUGUUCUGACCUCCCUGCAGGCAUUCCUGGACAUCGGCUGGCAAUGUGAUUCGAUAAAAUGGAGGAUCAUCCCUGAUUCUGCAGUCUCAAUUUGGACCUCCACCUCGAAAAGUAAGUUAAUAUUUUAGUGUUUUUGGCUAUUUUAGGUAAUUUUUAAGGCGGUGAAGCACGAAAAUGAGUUUAGUUCCAAAAUUAGCCACCCAGGAGUGCUGGUGGUCGAGUUUUUGGGAACAUCGAGUCAAAAAUUGGGACCAGGAUACCUAGUAUAAUAUCGUUUUUUCUAGGUAUUGAAUCCAGAUGCAGCCAGACGGCUCAAAGUUGCGCUACGAGGGCACACUAA